AGUUCGAUCCAGAGGUAUCCAGUGGCAAUGGAGAACAACGACAGUGUUACCGAACAAGCGCUUGAUUUUUUAUUGUUGCCUGGUUGGAACACAAAGCUUUAUUCAGAUAACCAUCAAACGAGAAGCAUGAUAUGUUCAAUUGGCUGUGAAUCGACAGUGUAAAUAUCGUAAUGCAAUGUAGGCUAGCCAUCAUCGUUUAUCGGACGCGUGCACUUCUGAUUUUCCAUGUGUGCCCACCAAAUGCAAGCUUGGUGGCUAUAUAUUAGCUGGGCGUUUGGAAAAGUACCGUGUUUUCUGCAUGAGAGGUGAGAAAUGGCUGAUUGUAUCUAGUUAACACGGUUCGUUUAACAGCUAGCUAGCCAUUGAUUUAAGGCCACAGACUAACCUACAGACAUUUUUAUGCCACGCUGGUCUUUAUGGACCCCUCCCUAGUCAGCUAACGUAAGCACUGUAUUGCCGCAGCCACAAUGUCUUUAGAGUAUACCAUCGAUAUCCAGCUUACAGAGCUAGGAUUCCCUGACAUAUUUGAAGCGGAAGAGACACCUGUCAAAGAAACACACGAUGCUACAUCGUCGAUUAAUGCCUCUACCUCACCGGAGCCUCCAGUAGAAAACCUUCCAACACCCAGUCCAUCUCCUCCUCGUACACCUGAGGCGAGUCAAACGAUCAGCGAAGAAGAAUCAGAGAAAGACGAUGGGGGAGAGGGAGAUGACGGACAGGGAAUAGUCAGAGGAGUUCAACAUAUAGAGACGGGUACAUGUAAUGCUGUAAAUGGACAAGAAGAGGAAAGUGGUCUGGAAACGGAGGACACUGACGACAGUGGGGUCUCCGAAAGGGAAGAGGAGGAUGAAGAUGAUGAUGAUGAGGAGGAGGACGAUGGGCUUCCCUCAGUGACAGAGUCAGGUGGUUCUUCUGAACACCGCUGUGGAGUCUGUGACCAGGUCCUGUCCUCGGAAUUCCAGCUCCGGGAACACAUGAACCUGCACACCGGAGAGCGCCCGUAUUGCUGUGCCGAAUGUGGCAAGCGCUUCUGCCAACUGGUAAACUACCGCUCUCACCUACGAACCCAUGCCCAGCCCAAACCCCUGGCCGCCGACUGUUGCCGCAUCUGCCGCAAGACCUUCGAAUCGGUAAAGGCCCUCAAGCAGCACCUGAGCACCUCCCAUUUCGAACCUGAGUUCUACGAGUGCGACGUGUGCAAGCGCAUCUUCACCAACAGGUCCGGGUGCGAGGACCACAUCAAAUGGCACAAGGCGGUGAUGGGCAGCCACGUGUGUCCGACCUGCGGACGCCACUUCCACCUCGGCCGCUCGCUCAAGCGGCACAUGCAGAGGAAGUGUCGCAAGUGGAGCUACGUCUGCUGCGACUGCCCCUUGGUGUUCAAGAGCAAGAACGCCCUCCUGAAGCACAGCUUCACCCACCUGGGCCUGCUGCCGUACACCUGCGUCCAGUGUCGCCGGCACUUCCGCCUGGCGCGGCACUACAACCAGCACAAGUGCGAGCCCGACCGCAUCCAGUGCGUGGCCUGUCUGGGAGUGUUCACCAGCCAGGACGACUUCCAAAGGCACAAGAAGGACACCGGCUGCUGGGGCCACCAGGGCUCCAAGGGGAGCGAGAUCCGCUGUAUGGAGUGCGGCGAGGGCUUCGCCAGCAUGGAGGAGUUGAAGAAUCACGCGGGGGCUCAUCAGAGGGUGCUGACCUGCUUCGUUUGUGGCAAGGGCUUCCGAUCGUCCCUGCUUUUGAUGUCACACAUGGGCGGUCACGCGAGCCAGAGGCCGUACCUGUGCCAGAAGUGUGGCGUGGGAUUUCCCCACCAACAAGACUACGACUGCCACCUCAAGAACUGCGGAAGCAUAGUCCUUCCAACGAUGGCUCCAAAGAAACCUCAGACGACAACCCAAGCUGCUGCUACUGUGUCCCCUCCCCAGCAUGCCCUAAAGAUUGCCAUCCCUGUCCACAAACCUGGCCCGCAGGUUCCCAUCCCUGUCCACAAACCUGGCCCGCAGGUUCCCAUCCCUGUCCACAAACCUGGCCCGCAGGUUCCCAUCCCUGUCCACAAACCUGGCCCGCAUGUUCCCAUCCCUGUGUACAAACGUGCCCCAACUGCAGUUCAUAAGCCUGUGCAGAACGUUCCUGUCCCAAGUGCAUCUGCCUCAAUGAUCCCUAUGCCUGUUUAUAAACCUGCAUCACCGGCCCCCGUUCAUGUUUAUAAGCCAAUCAAAGCAAUGCCAACCGUUGUGGGAACCCCAAUCACCCUCCCUGCAGGAGUCUUAAACAGUGUCCCUGCCCCGGGGCAGGAAGGGGAUGGGUUUUGGAAGCUCUCCCUGGAUAAGAAUCCUCCUCCUGGGGUGAAGCUAGUGGUGUUUGUCCCCACCAACAGCCGUCUGGCCUCCGGGCUGUCUGGCUCAUCCACCGGUCCCGAGACCCCGGCCUCUUCGGGCUGUCUGCCCAAGCCUCCUGUUAUGGUACUCCCACCAGCUCCUAGAACUGGGCUUGGGGUGGAGCACACCUUCAACCCUGUGCUGAGUCCAUCACCCGGUGUAUAUCAGCACCCGGACGUCCCUCUCGAUUUGGUCAAAAAGCCUGGGGGGAACAAACAGGAGCCCAGUGAUAUUCUACCUCUCGAUCUGUCCAUGUCCUCCUCACCCAAGGCAACACUCCCCGGUCCUCCACCUUUCAACUUCCUCCCUUCCAUUAAGAGUGAAAGCAGAGACCUGGGGUCUUCAGUGGAGCCCACUGGUUCUGCUCUGGACCUGGUGCUGGUGAAGAAGGAGCCUCAGUGUCCAAGGCCCAGCGGUGGGGAGCAGAACCCCGACACGAGGGCCUCGAACGAGGGCACGGAGGAGCUGUUGCAGAAGGGGACAUGCGAUACGGAAGCACGGAACGGGAGGAGCCCAGUCUGUCCUCUGGCCGCGGUGAAAACGGUGGACCCAAAGUUAGAAAAAGAUGGGCAUCCAACAGGUGAAGAGGGAGGGGCUGGGAGGGCAAUGGGGCGGACGGGGGAAUCUUCUCCGUGUAAGGGUGAGCUUCGGCCUUUCGAGCGGGCGGUACAGAGCAACUUGCAGCGAGUGGGAGGAUCUUCGCCCGCGACACAGCCCACAGUCUCUCCCUCCCCCUCCCCUCCCCUCUCACUCGGCCGCACAGGACAGCACGUCCCCUUCACAUCGCGCUCUACUCCCUCGCCGCCAACGAAAAGAAUCAAGUUGGAGGAAAGUCCAGAGAAAUCUUCAUAAAUCUCUUCACGUUUGUCGAAGAAAAGUAAAAGACUGUUUUUAGCUGCUGAGGGAGACAGAAUCACCCUAGACACUCCUGCGAAAGAAAACACUAUGUACUGCGUAUAGCGCUAUUGUAGUUGACACACAAUAUGCAAGUAAAAGCUUUGACCCAAGGGUUUAUAGAGAUCUUUUUCUUACUAGGCGUAUUAUUGAAAACUCCAUUAGUGUACCUCCUUUUAUCUUGCAUAAUAUUCUGACUUUGUUAUUGAGUCUAUAUUUACAGUGUUAAAUCAGUGUGCCUCGCUUUGGGAGUUGACACCAUCUAACUGGUUGUCGCAAGGGGAAUUGUGGAGGAGAUGCUGAAGCUAAUAUGGGACGCGUGUGCUGUCAACAGUGUCCUGCACUCAAUGUCGCAACCCUGCAUUCCAAAACAUUCGUAUUUCAAUGCAACUUGACUAUCACACUGUAGCUGGGAUCUUACAUGACGGCAAUAACGACCAGCACAUUGAACAACACGUUGUUCCAUACAGUGUGCUUGUCCUACUGUUUACAUUGUCUUGUGUGAUCAGAUAGAUUUGUUUUUAAUGUAUGUUUCUUGUUUAGCCAAUCCUCUUUGAAAACAAUUGUUCUGUUUAAUUCCAUUCCGUAAACUGCUGUACAGGACAUUUGAUCUCUUUUUGUUUAGAAAGUGUUACGGUUUGGAGGAUUCAGUGUAGGCUGUAAGUUUGGGUGUUAUUCAAGACUGUUAGUUUUCAAAAAAAUUGUGCUCUUGUCAUGAAUGUCCAUUUACAUUUGAGGGUUUUUUGCACUGUGUGUAUGUUUGUAUGUGUUCUGACUUGAUGAUAAAGAUGACAUGUUACGAUGAAGGUGAGUCAGUGAUGAAUGUACUGUAACUUUAAUAAAAUAUAGUUGAAAACA